CCGCCAUGGCCUCCUCAGUCCUCACUACCCCAACCCAACCACACCAGUACACCACGGCUAAUUAACUCGAUCAUCUCAUCAGCCUCGCGGUCUUCGCGUCGAACACCUAGGCUACAACUCGAGCUGCACGUACACAGCGUCGCACGAGCGUACGUAGCAAUGGCUUUCACGACGAUGAAGGCGUCGCCGAUGUCGGCUUCCUCCUCCUCGGCUCCGGUGUUGCGCCGGUGCGUCGCGCAGCCGGCGAGGGUUGCCGCCGCCCGGAGGCUCGCCGCCGCGGCAGCCUCGGUCGCUCUGGAGGCUUCGCCCGUGCCCGCCGCCGCCGCCGCCGCCGUUGAGCGGCGCAUGUCGGUGUCGCAGACCAUGUCCAAGCUCAAGGAGAAGGGCAAGACGGCGUUCAUCCCGUACAUCACCGCCGGCGACCCGGACAUGGGGACGACAGCGGAGGCGCUGCGGCUGCUCGACGCCUGCGGCGCCGACGUCAUCGAGCUCGGCGUGCCCUUCUCCGACCCCUAUGCCGACGGCCCCGUCAUCCAGGCCUCCGCGUCGCGGGCGCUCGCCGCCGGCGCCACGCCGGAGGCCGUCUUGUCGAUGCUCAAGGAGGUGACGCCGGAGCUGUCCUGCCCGGUGGUGCUCCUCUCCUACCUCGGCCCCAUCCUCCGGCGAGGUGCCGCCAACUUCACCGCCGCAGCCAAAGAAGCUGGUGUGCAAGGCCUUAUAGUUCCUGAUCUUCCUUAUGUGGACACAUGUACUUUCAGGAGUGAAGCCAUUAAGAGCAACCUAGAGCUGGUGCUGCUAACAACACCAGCUACACCGGGAGAGAGGAUGAAGAUCAUCACAGAAGCUUCAGGAGGAUUUGUUUACCUUGUUAGUGUCAAUGGAGUUACGGGUCCCCGUCCAAAAGUAAACACACGCGUUGAGCAUCUCCUUCAGGACAUCAAGCUGGUCACUGACAAAGCUGUGUGUGUUGGCUUUGGCAUAUCAACCCCUGACCAUGUUAGGCAGAUAGCAGGGUGGGGUGCAGAUGGAGUGAUCAUUGGGAGUGCAAUGGUGAGGCAGCUAGGUGAAGCAGCUUCUCCCAAACAAGGGCUCAAAAGGCUGGAGGAGUAUGCUAGGAGAAUGAAGGAUGCACUGCCAUAAAAAUAUCAAAAUCUGAUAGAGCUACAAAAUCAUUGUACCAUGUUGCAGUAAAUCAAUGUUGUUAGGAAACGAUGGACAAAUAAACGAUAAAAAAUAAUAGAUCAAUCACAGAAGACACGAGAUUUUAACGUGGAAAACCCUCCCAAAACAAAAGAGAAAAAACCACGGAUGCCAGCCAGCAAAAUAUCUUCACUAUAUCUGGGGUGAGGUUACAUCGCCGCACGGCGGCUUACAAGAGGUAUAUAUAUGAUGGAACUCUAAAAGGGAUGACGAUCCGCUACGCUCCGGCCCAAGCCUCCCGGCGACGGGCCUCCGCUCCAUUACGGCAGAAGCUGGCCUUUAUUAAAUGUACCAUAGUCUUUCGUCCUAGAAUAAAUUAAUCUAAUAGAAAUGUGACAUAUCCUAAUACUAAAUUUAUAGCUAAUACUAAAUUUAUAGUAUCGAGAUAUGUCAAAUCCAGUACUAGAUUAACUUGUUCUGAAAUGAAGGUAGUAAUUAUUGUAAAUACAUUUGUAUUAAAAAUAUCUGCAAUAUUAUUUUCCAUGGGGGUUGCAAAAUUUAUACAGCCCUCUGCUUGCUCA